AUGCAUCUCGCAGUGCUUCACACAAUUAAAAUCCAUUGGUAUGUGUGUCUGUCUGUGUGCCCCAGCCCCUCCUUGCACCCCCCUCCUGAUUCUUCAGCCAUUCCUCACAAGCCAGCUCUCUGGUCUCCCACCUCUCCGUCACUCUCAUGGGAGGGUUCUAGGUUGUCUCUGUCCCUUUUAAAGCACUUCCCCGGGUGUGAUCCAAUUGGGCUGACCUGGGCAGGACUGUCCUUUUCUUUGGACACUGACCAGGAAGCUGUCGCACAGAGCUGAGGCUAUUGUCAACAGACAAAAGAAGUAAGAGGGCAGCUAAUGAUGGCGGUGUCAGUGAACUUAAAGGGGACUGUGUUUUCUCCACUCUCCAGUGUUUGCUUUGAACCAGACCCUCCUGCAUCAGAAGAGCCUGUGAGGGGGCAGUCACCAGAUCCCCUGCAGACAGAGGAUCUCAUCAAACAGUAUAACUGCAGGGACCUCAGCUCCGUCACCUUCAGCAUGACAGGUAGUGGCAUCUCCGACUUUAUUAAUGCCACCCUGCCACCCGAGGAAGGCAUCACGGCGCAGGAGCAACAGCUACUCCACCUGGAGCUUGUCUGCAGGCGGAAUGAGGGUGAAGGCCCUUUUGGAGGACUUCCCCGCAAAGGCUUCUUAGCCUUCGGAGCCGGGAUUCAUUUGCUGCCCCUGCCUGGCCUCAGCCUCCUGCACGAUCCCAAGGGACUUGGUGUGGCUUCUGCAGUGGCUGUCCUGAUGCCUGGCACGCAGGAUGUGCUCCGUUAG